ACACACACAUACACACACACACACACACACACAAACACACACACUCUGCAGCUUCCAAUUGGCGCGGGCGCGUCGGAGAGGCGGGAGCAAGCUCACGCGGCGCUUCCGCCCAUUGGCGGACAGAGAAAGCACGUGGCGCAGUGCGCGAACGGCCCUCUGGGACUUGUAGUUUUCUUCCCGUGGCGCGGCAUGGAGGGGGCGGGGCGAGCACGCUUAUGAUGCUGAUUGACGGGGGCGGGGGCGGGGCGCAGGGCGCGCGCGGCUGCGACGGCGCGCCGUAGGUGUCACUAGGAAGAUGGCGGCGUGCUGAGGCGACUGAGGGCUUUGAAAACCUUGGUGAGGGGUUUCCGUACAGAGCCAAAGAAGGCUCUCUUCGCUCUAUUCCUGUACUCUCUUUUCACGUAUGAGUCCACCCAGGCCCUUGGGCACGAUGUGGCGAAUCUACCCCCGGCUGAGGGACCGGUGGCGCGGUCUCUCGGACUGGCCUCUCAGGGACCCCUCCAUCUCAGUGUGGCCGGGGCCAGCUCUGCGGCCUCCGGCCCGGGCCUACGUCCCGCCAACAGAAAGGAAGAGGUUUUAUCAGAAUGUCAGCAUCUCACAAGGUGAAGGUGGCUUUGAGAUAAACCUGGACCACAGAAAGCUGAAAACUCCCCAAGCCAAGCUUUUUACCGUCCCCAGCGAGGCCCUGGCCAUCGCAGUGGCCACUGAAUGGGACUCUCAGCAGGAUACCAUCAAGUUCUACACCAUGCACCUGACCACAUUGUGCAACACAUCCUUGGACAACCCAACCCAGCGAAACAAAGACCAGCUGAUCCGGGCAGCUGUGAAGUUUCUAGACACUGACACCAUCUGCUACAGGGUGGAAGAGCCAGAGACAUUAGUGGAACUUCAAAAGAAUGAAUGGGAUCCCAUCAUAGAGUGGGCUGAGAAAAGGUAUGGUAUGGAGAUCGGCUCCUCCACCAGCAUAAUGGGGCCCAGCAUCCCUACCCAGACCCGAGAGGUGCUUACCAGCCACUUGUCCUCUUACAACAUGUGGGCCCUGCAAGGGAUUGAGUUUGUAGUAGCCCAGCUCAAAUCUAUGUUGCUGACUUUGGGCCUGAUUGACUUGCGCCUGACUGUGGAACAAGCUGUGCUUCUGUCACGCCUAGAGGAAGAGUACCAGAUCCAGAAGUGGGGCAACAUUGAGUGGGCUCACGACUAUGAGCUCCAGGAGCUGCGGGCUCGCACUGCCGCUGGCACCCUUUUUGUCCACCUCUGUUCAGAAAGCUCUACAGUCAAGCACAAGCUCCUGCAAGAGUGAGGCCCUGGGGUGCACACACUGUCUGGAAGGAAUUGCGCAGACACAGGCUCCCUGAUGUGGGCCUCCUUGGCUGUUGGACUUCUGAAUCCAGUGAUGUUCUGUUGGCCGGUACCUCUUGGGCUCCCUCAGCCCUAUACCUGUGGGGCUACCCACCCUGUACCUGGGUCUUCCCUGACCUGUGUGGGUUGACCUUAUAAAGAAGCAUCCUGAGAAGCCCUGGAGACACAGUAUGCCUGACUUGUGGUCAGACAGCUUCUGAUGCAGGCGCCCUUGGCCUGACCAAUAGUGAGGGAGGGAGACAAGUGGUAUAAGGACUUUCUCUUGACCCUGAUUUUAUUAAAUAUUUUUUCAUUCUGGAAAUAUAUCAAGCCUCAUUUUUAUUUGA